GCGGGCGUCGGCGCAGCGCUGCGGGCGGGUGACCUUGGACCCAGCAGGAGGAUGGCAAACUCAACACAGGGCGACGGGGGCCUCCCCAGCGUGGCACUCUGGGCCUCCCAUAGGAACAUGGUGAUGGAGCCGCUUGAAACCAAUGACCCAGAGGUGCACAACAUCAUCAAGAAGGAGAAGCAGCGGCAGAAGCUUGGGCUGGAACUGAUUGCAUCAGAGAACUUUGCGAGCCGAGCGGUCCUGGAGGCCCUGGGAUCCUGCAUGAACAACAAAUACUCCGAGGGGUACCCAGGACAGAGGUACUAUGGUGGGACAGAGUUCAUAGACGAGCUGGAAAGGCUGUGCCAGAAGCGAGCCCUGCAGGCGUACCGGCUCGACCCCCAGAAGUGGGGGGUCAACGUCCAGCCCUACUCAGGGACACCCGCAAACUUUGCGGUGUACACAGCCCUGGUGGAGCCCCAUGGCAGGAUCAUGGGGCUGGACCUGCCCGAUGGAGGCCACCUCACCCAUGGGUUCAUGACAGAGAAGAAGAAGAUCUCUGCCACCUCGAUCUUCUUUGAGUCCAUGCCCUAUAAGGUCAACCCCAAGACCGGUUACAUCGACUAUGACCAGCUGGAAGCGAACGCCCGGCUCUUCCACCCCAAGCUGAUCAUAGCAGGUGUGAGCUGCUACUCACGCAACCUGGACUAUGCCCGCAUGCGGAAGAUCGCCGACGCCAACAGUGCCUAUCUCAUGGCUGACAUGGCCCAUAUCAGUGGACUGGUGGCUGCUGGUGUGGUGCCCUCUCCCUUCGACUACUGCGACAUCGUCUCCACCACCACGCACAAGACCCUGCGGGGCUGCAGGUCCGGCAUGAUCUUCUACCGCAAAGGCACCCGCAGCGUGGACCCCAAGACAGGCAAGGAGACGCUCUACAACCUGGAGAGCCUCAUCAACCAGGCAGUGUUCCCUGGGCUGCAGGGAGGCCCCCACAACCACGCCAUUGCAGGGGUUGCUGUGGCGCUGCAGCAGGCCAUGACACCCGAGUUCAAAGCCUACCAGCAGCAAGUGGUGGUGAACUGCAAGGUGCUCUCCACGGCGCUGUCAGAGCUGGGCUACGACAUUGUCACUGGGGGCACCGACAACCACCUGAUCCUUGUGGACCUGCGCAGCAAAGGCACAGAUGGCAGCCGGGCUGAGAGGGUGCUGGAGCUCUGCUCCAUCGCCUGCAACAAGAACACGUGCCCUGGUGAUGUCAGUGCCCUGCGCCCCAGCGGUCUGAGGUUUGGGACACCAGCUCUCACCUCCCGUGGCUUCCGGCAGGAUGAUUUCCGCAUGGUGGCUCAGUACAUCCACAAAGGGAUCGAGCUGACGCUGCAGGUGCAGAAGGACAUGAACCCCAAGGCCACACUGAAGGAGUUCAAGGAGAAACUGGAAGAGGAGAAGUACCAGAAGGAGCUGAAGGCACUGAAGGAGGAGGUGGAGGCCUUCGCAGGGACCUUCCCACUCCCAGGGCUGCCGGUCCUGUAAAGGGAAUGGACUCUCCCUGCUCCUGGAGCCGCGGAAGUAUCCGGGAAUGCAGCACGGAGACCAACACACCCCAGUGCCUCCUCCCAGCACCUACCUCCCCGCUGGCACCAGCUGUGGUGCAG